AUGAAAUUUUGUUCGAUUUUCUUAAAAAUUUUCUUUUAUCUAAAUAUUUUAAAUAAAAUAUGUUCAUCGAAUAUUUCAACAUCUGAAUGUUCGUUAACGAUUGAAUUAAAAAAUAAUUCUAUAACAUGUUUACCUUCUGAAUGUUUUAAAUAUUUGAAUCCAAAAAAAAUUCUUGAAAGAUCGUGUCAAAUAAAUUAUUUGAAUUUAUCUUUUACAAAUGAUGAAAUAUUCUUAGAUUUUAUUGAAAAUCAAGCUCAACAUGAAUUUUUGCUUGAAGAAAUUUUUAAUGAAAAUAAUCAACAAACAAAUACAAUUGAAAUUUCUAUUGAUUAUAUAAAUAGAACGAAUAAUGCAGAUUUUCUUUCAUAUGAUAUGUUUUCAUAUCUGGGAGGAGAAAGUGAAAAUAUUCAAAUAUUUAAAUUAAAUAUUAAUAGAUGGAUAGAAAAUAAUUUGAAAAAUCUUAUUUAUAUUCAAGAAAAUCUUAUUUAUGAUCAACCAUUUGAAGAAAUUUCUUUGAAAUUUUAUUGUAAUUAUAAUUUAACAUUUGUUCAAUGGAUUUUAUAUAAACAAAAAUCUCUUCAACAAAAAUCUCCAUGUCCAACACAAAUUCAAAUUCAAUCAGAAUAUUCUAAUCAAGAUAUUUACCUUCAUAAUAAAUCAAUUAUUAUUGAAAAACAUUCAACUCAAAAGAAAAAUCGUUUGAGUUUCAUAAUUAAGAUAAUAAUUUGUAUAUGUUUAAUAACAAUAGGAAUUGUAUUCUGUAUAUAUUAUUUUGUUUAUUUGCCAAAAUUUACAAAACGUCAUAAUAAUUAUUUCGAUAAUUAUGAUUUAAAUACAUCUGUUAGUGAAGCUGAUCAAAAUUCUGCAUUAGGUACUUUGAUGAAGAAUCUUAUGCCUAAUCAAAUGAAACUUGAUGAAACACCUGAAGAACAACCACAAAAUGCAAAUACAAUUGAAGUUAUACAAGAAACAUCACCAAGAAAUUUAAUUGGAUUAAUGGGUAAAACAAUGAAUCAAAGACCAAAUCAAACUCAAGACGAACCACUACCAAAUAAUUUAAUUGGAUUAAUGAGUAAAACAAUAAAUCAAAAUCAAACUCAAGAAGAACCACUACUACCAUCAAAUUUAAUUGGUUUAAUGGGUAAAACAAUGAAUCAAAAAUCAAAUCAAAGUCAAGAAGAACCAUUACCAUCAAAUUUAAUUGGUUUAAUGGGUAAAACAAUGAAUCAAAAUUUAAAUAACAUUAACGAAGAACCAGCACCUGAAUAUUCACUUGAUACGAUACAUAAUACAGGAGCACGACGUUCAUAUGGACAAAAUCAUUUACCCAAACGUGGAUCAUCACCAUCGAUAUAUAUUGAAAGAUUAUAA